CUCCCCGGGCUCGCGAGCGGCAUGAGAGUAGUGGCUUUGAUCAGUGGUGGGAAGGACAGCUGUUAUAAUAUGAUGCAGUGUGUUGCUGCUGGGCAUCAGAUUGUUGCUCUGGCCAAUUUAAGACCUGCCAAAAACACAGCUUGGACCUGUUUUCUGAUCAGUUCCUCAUUGGCUGCGUGUAGACUUGCAUCUAUGAAAGGCAGUGGGAGAAACUCGGUAGUCUAAGUCAGUGGUGAGGUUAGCAGGGCAGACUGAUGAGUUGGACAGCUAUAUGUAUCAGACAGUAGGACACCACGCCGUUGACCUAUAUGCUGAUGCAUUGGAUUUGCCUCUCUAUCGUGGUUUCAUAAAGGGUACCAGUGUAAAUACUGGAAGAGUGUAUACCACGUGUCAGGAAGAUGAAGUUGAAGACCUUUACCACCUCUUGAAGCUUGUUAAGGACAAAGAAGAAGUGGAGGGUGUAUCUGUGGGAGCCAUUCUUUCUGACUACCAGAGAGUUCGAGUUGAAGAUGUAUGCAGAAGGCUUAAUCUUCAGCCUUUAGCUUACCUUUGGCGUCGGAACCAGGAAAUAUUGCUCAAAGAAAUGAUAUCAUCUAACAUUCAAGCCAUAAUCAUAAAAGUGGCAUCUUUUGGUUUAGAUCCCGAUAAACAUCUAGGAAAAACUCUGGAUCAAAUGGAGCCUUAUCUUUUGGAGCUUUAUGAGAAAUAUGGAGUCCAUAUUUGCGGAGAAGGUGGAGAAUAUGAAACAUUCACUCUGGACUGCCCUCUGUUUAAGAAGAAAAUAGUUAUAGAUUCAGCCGCGGUGGUUGUGCAUUCAGCUGAUGCAUUUGCACCUGUGGCCUACCUUCAUUUUUUAAAAUUACACCUGGAGCAAAAGCAGGGGGACUCUUCAGGUGCAUUUACAUUCAGUAGCUGUCCUUGUGAGCUAAGCUGCAAAGAUGAUGAUAUUCUCCCUACAUCAGAAGAGGAUGAACCACAGAAAAACAUUACAGUCAACUGGAAGUCUUUGAAACAUAAUUCUUUGGAUUUCACUAAGACACUUGGAAAUUCAGGAAGAUCCCCGAGUGGUUACCAGUGGUUUUCAGACAUUGCUGCUCACUUUCUUCCAUCAAAGGGCAAAAAUGCUCAAGAAGCAGCAAGGGAAGCAUUUUCAUCUCUCCAAGCUAAUAUGGCUUCAGAAGGAUUGGAACUGAAGGAUAUUAUUAUGGUUCAUCUGUAUGUGAAGAGCAUGAAAGAUUUCAAUGUUAUAAAUUCAGUUUAUGUGACAGAAUUUGAUUUGUGUCCACCAGUAAGAGUAUGUGUGGAAACCCUUUUACCUGAUGGAAUACUGUUUCGCAUGGACUGCCUUGCACAUAAGUAUGACGUUGCGAUAGAUGAUGUGUUGCAUGAUGAAAAACUGGUCAUGCAUGUACAGAGCAUUUCCCACUGGGCACCUGCUAGCAUAGGACCUUACAGUCAGUCCAUCAAGGUUGGAGAUGUUCUUUACUGUGCUGGACAGAUUGCUCUGGUACCUUGUACAAUGCAGCUUGUUAGCGGUGGCAUAGCGACUGAGGCCUUAGUUUCUCUCCGUCAUGUUGAGCGAGUUCUUGAAGCCAUGAACCAGAAGACUGCACUCCACCACGUCAUCACAGCCAGCUGCUAUGUAACUGACAGCAAGCACGUUCCUAUUGCUCACUCUGUCUGGCAGAAGAAAUUAAGAGAAUGUAAAAAGGUUGAAGAUUCAGAGGCAUAUCAUGAUGUAACUGCAGUGUGUGGGUUGCUUGCUGUGGUUGUAAUAUCUCACCUACCCAGAGAUGCUGCCAUCGAAUGGCAUGUUGUUGCAGUAGUUGACAAUCCACUCCAAAGAAAACAUUUUGCAAUGAAGAUGUCGUCGGAAGGUUUCCAAAUUGAGUGUGAAUCUGUGGAGUCUAGUUCUGCAUCUUGUGCAUCAAUCUCUGUACGUCUGAGCUUGAUUUCACCAUCCGCUUCUCGGCUUCAUUUAGAUGGACCUCUUCAUGAUAUAGUUGCUAUGUUUAGAAAAGCUGUUGAGAAACUUUCAGAAGACUGCAGUGCAAGACCUUUGUCUUUUAGAGCUUUCUUCAAGGAGGAUGUCUUUGAUGCUGAAACACUACAAACAGGACUGCAAGAAUACCUGGAAAAAUAUUUGGGCAAGAAGACCCCUGCUCUCAUUUUAGUACCUGUGGUGGAUUUACCUGGCAAGGAAGUUAUUCAUAUAACGUGCUGGCUAUGCUAGCAGUUCAGAAGAGAUGAGUUGAUAUCAAAACACACAUUCCAUCCAGGAAAGGGCAAAGAAAGGAAUUGAUCAUAACUGUGUUGGAUACUUUCAUUAAGCCAUAAUGUUUGAUUUAAGCAAAGUCAUAUUUAGUUUGUUAAUGAUGCCUCAUGAUACAUGACAAGAGUCAGCUUUGUAUGAACAAUAAAAGUUUCUUUUCAAAGCUUUUUUCUUAUUUAUUUUUAGGUACAUUCUGGUAAUAGCAGGUGGCUUUUGGAAGAUGUCAGUGGCUCUGAUCACAUCAGUUCUUUUGUUUGAUAUAUUUAGGCCCGGUUAAAAUAAACUGAUUAUAACUUCAGAUCUUUUGGGUGGAGUUGAAAUCAGAACUUCAGCUUCAGUACUGUUUAAAGACUUGAUUCUUUUCAAUUCUAUGCUGAAUUUACUGACUUCUGGCCAACCCUUGAAGACUUGAUUUGUGGCCAGAUUUUAAACUUUUGUUGCACUGGAGAUGAACUAUUUAGAAGAUAAUUCUUCAGGAUGCACAUUUAACCAAACUGAAUAAUGGGUUUAUGGCCAGACUGUAGGAUUUACUAUCCUGCUUUCUGAGGCAGCAGUGGGCAUCCUCGUGCUUUACAUCUAGUAGGUAGCUCUUAUUAAAGAGCCACCAGUAUUCCUCAGGGCUUCAGUCUUCUCCAGAAAAUCCACAGAAGUUUUACUACUGCUUUCAUUAAAACAGGCUUAGACACAUAGGUGAGGCUCCUAUUGAUUUCAUUGCAACUGUUAUUUUAACUAAUAACACGAUAUAAGAUCAGUAUAGGAGCGAAAGCCUUUUGGACUUUGCUUGAGGCAGUGAUGCACUGUAGAGAAAUCUUGUUUUCAGACAAAGGCUAUAAAAUCAAACCUUCCAAAAACAGUGUUAAACUUUUGCCUGUGUUCUCCAUCUAUAUAUUCUUCUUGCUUUGCAUCCAGUCUGUGAGCACUGGAGCUCCAUGACCAGCACUCCAGUUUUCCUUCUCUUACACUGGUAUAUAUAAGAGAGAACUCCACAAAAGUCAGCUGUGUGGCAAUAAGUUUACAUUGGGGUGACUAAGAGGUGGACUUGCACUCCAGCUUUAUUUUCUUACCCUCUGAUGGGUGUUUUGCGUGUCCAGCCUGUUAUGCUGAUUAUUACUUGAAAAGAGACUGUAGGAUGUCAUUGUUCUUACAAGUACAGCAAGUAAUAUAGCAGAGCUGCCAUCCUCUUUAGGAGGAACUAUUUUUUUCAGUUAUUUAACUGUUUUUAGAAAGGGGAAGGAAAAGAGCUUUUUAUAUACCAGUGUCUAAAUACAUGGAUGCAUUAAAUUAAAUUUCUUAAGAGAAAAUGGAAGAAUCUCUUAACGAUACAUGAAUUCAGUAGCAUUCGGCAGCAUUUUUAGGUUAGACUUAAACAUAUUUGAUCCUUACUCUUUCCCACAAUCAGAAAAGAACUUGUUAAUAUCUGAAUGUACCUGGUUUGUCUGAAUACAGCUCUUUUUGAAAGCUAAAUAAUUUUCUUACUUCUCCCUGGAAAUUUUUUUUUUCAGUGUGGAGUGCCCACAGACCAGAGAGACAAGUUGGAAUGAAACAGGAAAAAAGAAGCAGACAUUACUUCCAGAGAGAUAAGGACAAAGCUUAAUUUUUCAUAGACAUAUAUGGAAGCCAAGUAGAUGGCAUAAGUUUGACUAUGUCUCCUGUAGCAGUCAUUUUUUCCAUAAUGAGUCUAAAAAAGAUACCCAAACAUGUUGAUCUUGGCUUUUGUGCUAUAUGCACUGCAUAUUUUAAGGUGGCAGGAGAUUUACUCCUAAAGAAACCAGCUUUUUUACAAGUUUUCCUGCAAGAUUCGUGACUCAAACUAUCUUUCAUUUUUCAUUGCAUUGGCCUGAAAAAGAGUGUGAUAAUUUGUUUUUUUUCUCAACAGAAAGAAAACAUUUUCCUUUUUUGAGUCAACUAGAACUUCAAUGGGUGUACUUUGUGAAUAGCUAAAAAAAGAACAGUUUGCUGACUUUCUCUCCUUGAGAGGCUUCAUAUAGCUCCUAAGCGGUGUGUAACUGUAAGCUGGGUCUGCAGUGUUUUAAGUAUGAAUAAGGCAAUUUAUUUAACAUCGAUAUGCAAGGUAGGUGAGUAAAGCGCUGCUCCAUAUAAUGACCUAAGACUUCUAUAAUGAAAAGAAAUAUCUAAACACCGUUUUAUCUGCCUCAUGCUGCUGUACUUUCAUCAGAAUUACUGGAUCCUACUGUGAAUAAGUUGUUUCACAGAGCCCUUUCUCACUUUCUUUGUAACUAAAGUGCUAGCUAAUGAGAGGAGCUGGGGAGAUGGAUGUGCACACACACAUAUACACGUGUUUUAGUGAAAAGAGGGACAGACAGCUAAUACUCAAUACCUAUAGACACAGUGUUUGUUGGUUUUCUUUGUUUCCACAAAGAGCUUUGCUGAGUAUUUAGCCAAACAGGUUUUGAUCUUGAGACUAUAAAUUCAUAUACUGUGCUAAGAUACUGGGUUUGAGGACUUUAUAUAUAUAUAUGUACGCAAGUUCUUCUGUUUCUCUGUUUUCUACUAAGCCUGCAGGAAAAUGUUUUGUGUGCAUGUUGUGACACAGAGUUGGCUGAUCUACGUUCCAGCACUCAGAGCACCGAAGGGCUGUGUAAUAGGUGGAAAAAUGUCUUUCAAAAGGUAAUUCAAGGUUUUAAUCUUUCUUUUCUCUGCUGUGACAAGUUUUAGAAUAUGACUUUUUUUUUUCAAAGAGAAAUCUGUGUCUUUAUGUCUUGUUACACAUUUCUGUCAGUGAAAUUUUGUCUCCUGCCUCUUUUAAAGAUCUCUGUAUAUCAAUUUCUUGAAAGAAUGUUAAAGUGAACUGACCAAAUGGGACUGCAAGACCAAAACUGAUUUAAUUAUCUUGUGUUUUACUCAUUUCAAAACCCAAUGAUGGCUACAGCACCAGUGAGCCUUUACAAUGCACAUGGCUAAGCUGCUAUAAAGGCACCAGAGCUGAUCUUCCUAAAUAGUCUUUUAAAUGACAUCGAGAUAUUUUAAGCAUAGAUUAUUUAACUUUUUUUCCCUGUGAGCUUUAUAGUUAGGUGAUUCAGGAGCUGAUUUGUUACACCAGAUAGCGUUGGUGCAUCUUUCCUCUUAGCCUUCAGAAGUGUGACGGCGUUGGAAGCAGGAUGUCUCCUGAGUAUUAAAGAGGUGAUUUGAAGCAGCUCUUCUCCUUCAAGGACAUCCUGUUCAAUCCAUUAUCUCCUGUCUAUGUGCAGUAGUCUAGUCUAUCAAAAUACAGUGAUUGAAUAAAACUUUUAUUUCAAAUAAAUGAAUGCAUUGAUUUAAUAAAAGGUUUGUACUGCAUGGUAUAAUAGUUCACUAAAUGAACACUGAAAUCCUAAAAUACAGAAACUUUUCACAUGUCCAAGUUAAAUCUGUUACUUCUUUCAGGAUGGGUUUGCUGAAGCAAACCUAUUUUCUUCUGUUAAAGUAAAUCUUUCCUGAGCUUUCUGAGUACUAACUGACACUUAUUCUUUAAGUAACCUGCUUUUAAUAUUAUAAACGUCUGGCAUUGAGAAUACAUAUUAAGAUACUUGACAGUUUACUAAUUUAUGAUCUCUUUACUUGUAUUUUAAUAUUUUUGGCAAGCCAGCCUGUGUUGCUGUAUUAGCCAAACAUUCAAAAUACAGACUUGAGAUCUUGAAAGCUUCUUUUUUUCAACUUUCAUCUGAACACUGAAUAUUUUUGAAAUUUUAAUUUUAAAAACCAGAUUGGGUACCUGUGAACUGAACCCGUAUGUUACAUGCAAGUGCCCUUUUACUGAUGACUCUCUACACAUAAUUUCUUGGCUUUGACUUUUGUUGGAUUAAUUUGUAGCUAGGUUUUGCCUGUGGUUUCCUGCUUUUCUCAUAUUUUAGAGCACUGUUUGCUUUUUCCCUAUGUUCCCAAAUAGCCAGGUUGUUCUGAAGAUCUUCACUGGAUAUGCCACUGGCAGCAGUCUCCUUGUCACUGCCUUGACUCUUCAUUUCAUUUGCAAUGUUUGAAAAUCAUUUCUUGGAUAUGUCUACUCAUCCUCCAUUUCCUAUUAUAUUGCUAUUUUGUGAUUAUAUCAUUUAAUCCUAAAUCACUUUGAAACGCUGUUUGCAUAAUUUAACCCAGUGGGCAAGACUUACUGCCCACAGUAAAAACAGGAUGUGCUCAGAAUAGGUCAGAUUUCACUUUUGCUUUCCCCAGUUUUCAGAAAUUCCUGCUUUUCUCUAGAUCAUACAUAUCUCCAGUUCAGAAGAAAAUAAUGCUUCAGAACAGAAAGAUAAGCAGAACCAGAUGCCCUGAAACAACAGCUGCCCUUAUCAAGUAACCUGUUAGGGGACACCAGAGUCAGGAGACACAGGUUAGGAUCGUGCUACCCCUUUGUUGGCAUGAUUCAUCCCUGACGAUCCCGAAGUGCUUUACAAGUGCAUUGCCUAAAAUUUGCUUGGACCAUUGCUGAAGACAGCCACACACACUGGAAGCCUCCUCUGCAUGGCAUGAAUGGAGACGGGUAUCUGCGGUUAUGCUGAUGGGAGAAGAACUCCUCUGCUCUCUGCAAUUCCUCAAGUAGGAAUUAUUUGCUUUGGCAGAAGCAUAUUUAGCACAGAGAGACUUCAACCUGAAAGCCAUCAGGCAGCUAGCAUUAUUACUUUCUGUUACUCAUGAGAAUUGUUCCACUUUAGAUUUUGCCAUGGUAGAAGGGAAAAAUCCCUUUCCUGGGCUCCAUCAGGCACCAAUCUACAUUCCCCUUCUGCAACUACUGCUACUGACAGCUGUUGACAGUGCUCAAUAACCACAAUGUCCUUGGCACAUCAUAUUAUUGCCAUAACACCACUUUAAAAAGA